AUGAGGAAUCCAACAGCUUACGCCUUAUGUUUAGUCUUGCUCAUAUCGUUCACGUCGGCCGUCUCGACAUUCCAGCCAGCUAGACCACCAGCCAUACCACUAGCCGUGAAGUCACCUUAUCUUAGCACAUGGCUGAACGCAGGGAGCAGCUAUGGCAACGGUGGCUAUCUAGCCGGCGAAUGGCCAGUACACUGGGCACAAAAGAUCACAGGCUGGUCAGGAUUUAUUCGAGUCGAUGGUCAAGUCUAUCAGUGGCUGGGAAAUGCUGCUCGUGCUUUUGGCAAUGAAUCUACGGUUCCAAAUGUGGACCAGAAGUCAUUCGAAUACACGUCAACGCAGAGUAGCUUCAUCAUGGACAUCGAGGGCAAGGUUCAAAUGACCGUCAACUUUCUCUCACCAAUUACACCAGACGAUUUCAAACGACAGUCUCUUCCAAUGUCGUACAUGGAAGUGUCUGUCGUAUCGACGGAUGGCGCUCAGCACAGCAUUCAGCUGUACGCAGAUAUUUCAGCCGAAUGGGCAUCUGGAACACCCGAUGCGACCGCCCAGUGGGAGACAGGCGAGAUAAACAACAUUGUUUAUCACAAAAUUUGGCGACAAACGCAAAUUGAGUUCGAUGAGAGCGACAAGCCAAGUGGCAACGGUAUGGCUGAGUGGGGAAAUGUGUACUGGGCAACAGAUAGCAGCAAUUCUUUGACUAUUCAAACUGGAUCUGACACUAAUGUCCGUUCCACAUUCAUAAAAAUGGGAAAGCUGGACGGAUCUCAAGACUCUAAUUUUCGCGCCAUUAAUAACAACUGGCCAGUCUUCGGGUUUGCGCGAGACUUUGGGAAUGUCGGCAUGAGCGUUCAAAGUCAACUUUUCACCAUUGGAUUGCUCCAACAGAACGCUGUGCAGUUUCUCGGAGCCAACGGUCUGGUUAAGCUUCCAUCAUUGUGGGUGGACUACUUUCAAGGAAACGAGCUUGAUGCGUUAUCUUUUUUCCAUCUCGACUAUGUGAAUCAGCAAGAGAAAUCCUCUAGUCUUGAUGCAAGUGUGAAGCAAGCGUCCACAAGUGUCGCCGGAGACGACUAUAACACGAUAACAUCAUUGUCUGUCCGUCAAGCAUUUGGCGCACUUGAGCUUGUUGGCACACAAAGCAAGAUGUACUUGUUCAUGAAGGAAAUAUCAUCGAACGGAAAUACUCAGACAGUUGACGUAGUUUUUCCGUUGCACCCGAUCAUCACAUUCUUAAACCCGCAACUAAUGAAGUUAUUGCUUGAUCCGUUGUACGAGAAUCAAGAGUCUGGACACUAUCCCAACAAGUGGUCAAUUCAUGAUCUUGGCACGCAUUUUCCUAAUGCAACAGGUCACCCGGAUGGGCUGGACGAGAGUAUGCCCGUUGAAGAAUGUGGGAACAUGCUUAUCAUGACGCUAGCAUAUGCCCAAAAAACGGGAGACUAUGCUUAUCUAUCUCAGCAUUAUCCGAUCUUGACCCAAUGGACGGAGUUCUUAAUCGAGGAUUCGCUAAUCCCCGCUACGCAGCUGUCAACAGAUGACUUUGCAGGGAGUCUUCAGAAUCAAACAAAUUUGGCUCUCAAAGGCAUUAUUGGGAUUCGCGCAAUGGGCGAAAUCGCAAAGCUUGCCGGGAAUGCGGACGAUGAGAAGAAGUACAACGACAUAGCGACAAGCUACAUCACCCAGUGGCAAUCACUCGGGAUUUCGUACGAUACCCAACUCCCUCACACAACUCUCAAUUACGGAAACAAUCAAACUCACGGACUUCUUUACAAUCUAUGGUGUGAUCUUGAGCUUGGCCUCAACCUCGUGCCGCAAUCCGUCUACGAAAUGCAAAGUAAAUUUUACCCUUCCGUAAAGGAGCAAUACGGUGUGCCACUCGACACGAGGCACUCAUACACGAAGGUUGAUUGGGAGAUGUUCACAGCUGCAUGCUGUUCACAGGAUACCAGGGAUAUGUUCAUCAAGGAUCUGUCGAACUGGAUCGGUGCGACGGAUACUGGCAGACCAUUCACAGAUCUAUAUGACACUUUGACCGGAAGCUACCCUGAUAUCAUGUUUGUCGCACGGCCAACUGUGGGCGGUACUUUUGCACUUUUGAUAGCAAAUGCCCUCAAUAAUUCUCCAAAGCUCGACUCCAGUGGCGCCGUCAUGAGACAGCGAGAGUUUCGGGCUUAA